AUGGAGAAGGCAUACGCAGAGCUGUACAGGGAGUUCCUCCAACUGCGCUCGCUAUGUCUGAAGCAGGCUGCUCUACUCCAGCAACUCACACAGACACUGAGGAGACAGCAAGGUCACUCCCAUCUCCUUAUUAUAUAAUAAAAAAUUAUAUACUUCUCAUACCAUGCCUGUUCUGCAGGUUCUUUAUGUUACAAUGAAUGCCAAAAUCAGUGAAUUCAGUGCAUACAAUAUCAAUUAAUCUAGUAGGCUACAAGACAGUCAAGAUGUUUGACAGACUUAUACAGUGGGGGGAAAAAGUACACUGCUCAAAAAAAUAAAGGGAACACUUAAACAACACAAUGUAACUCCAACUCAAUCACACUUCUGUGAAAUCAAACUGUCCACUUAGGAAGCAACACUGAUUGACAAUACAUUUCACAUGCUGUUGUGCAAAUGGAAUAGACAACAGGUGGAAAUUAUAGGCAAUUAGCAAGACACCCCCAAUAAAGGACUGGUUUUGCAGUUGGUGACCACAGACCACUUCUCAGUUCCUAUGCUUCCUGGCUGAUGUUUUGGUCACUUUUGAAUGCUGGUGGUGCUUUCACUCUAGUGGUAGCAUGAGACGGAGUCUACAACCCACACAAGUGGCUCAGAUAGUGCAGCUCAUCCAGGAUGGCACAUCAAUGCGAGCUGUGGCAAGAAGGUUUGCUGUGUCUGUCAGCGUAGUGUCCAGAGCAUGGAGGCGCUACCAGGAGACAGGCCAGUACAUCAGGAGACGUGGAGGAGGCCGUAGGAGGAGUGUAUUUAGUCAGCCACCAAUUGUGCAAGUUCUCCCACUUAAAAAGAUGAGAGGCCUGUAAUUUUCAUCAUAGGUACACGUCAACUAUGACAGACAAAAUGAGAAAAAAAAAUCCAGAAAAUCACAUUGUAGGAUUUUUUAUGAAUUUCUUUGCAAAUUAUGGUGGAAAAUAAGUAUUUGAUCAAUAACAAAAGUUUCUCAAUACUUUGUUAUAUACCCUUUGUUGGCAAUGAGACAGGUCAAACGUUUUCUGUAAGUCUUCACAAGGUUUUCACACACUGUUGCUGGUAUUUUGGCCCAUUCCUCCAUGCAGAUCUCCUCUAGAGCAGUGAUGUUUUGGGGCUGUCGCUGGGCAACACAGACUUUCAACUCCCUCCAAAGAUUUUCUAUGGGGUUGAGAUCUGGAGACUGGCUAGGCCACUCCAGGACCUUGAAAUGCUUCUUACGAAGCCACUCCUUCAUUGCCCGGGCGGUGUGUUUGGGAUCAUUGUCAUGCUGAAAGACCCAGCCACGUUUCAUCUUCAAUGCCCUUGCUGAUGGAAGGAGGUUUUCACUCAAAAUCUCACGAUACAUGGCCCCAUUCAUUCUUUCCUUUACACGGAUCAGUCGUCCUGGUCCCUUUGCAGAAAAACAGCCCCAAAGCAUGAUGUUUCCAGCCCCAUGCUUCACAGUAGGUAUGGUGUUCUUUGGAUGCAACUCAGCAUUCUUUGUCCUCCAAACACGACGAGUUGAGUUUUUACCAAAAAGUUCUAUUUUGGUUUCAUCUGACCAUAUGACAUUCUCCCAAUCCUCUUCUGGAUCAUCCAAAUGCACUCUAGCAAACUUCAGAUGGGCCUGGACAUGUACUGGCUUAAGCAGGGGGACACGUCUGGCACUGCAGGAUUUGAGUCCCUGGCGGCGUAGUGUGUUACUGAUGGUUGUUAUUUUGGUCCCAGCUCUCUGCAGGCCAUUCACUAGGUCCCCCCGUGUGGUUCUGGGAUUUUUGCUCACCGUUCUUGUGAUCAUUUUGACCCCACAGGGUGAGAUCUUGCGUGGAGCCCCAGAUCGAGGGAGAUUAUCAGUUGUCUUGUAUGUCUUCCAUUUCCUAAUAAUUGCUCCCACAGUUGAUUUCUUCAAACCAAGCUGCUUACCUAUUGCAGAUUCAGUCUUCCCAGCCUGGUGCAGGUCUACAAUUUUGUUUCUGGUGUCCUUUGACAGCUCUUUGGUCUUGGCCAUAGUGGAGUUUGGAGUGUGACUGUUUGAGGUUGUGGACAGGUGUCUUUUAUUUACAUUUACAUUACAUUUACGUCAUUUAGCAGACGCUCUUAUCCAGAGCGACUUACAAAUUGGUGCAUUCACCCUAUAGCCAGUGGGAUAACCACUUUACAAUAUAUAUAUAUACAUAUAUAUAUAUAUUAUUUUUUUUAGGGGCGGGGGGGUAGAAGGAUUACUUUAUCCUAUCCCAGGUAUUCCUUAAAGAGGUGGGGUUUCAAAUGUCUCCGGAAGGUGGUGAGUGACUCCGCUGUCCUGGCAUCGUGAGGGGGCUUGUUCCACCAUUGGGGUGCCAGAGCAGCACUUUUAUACUGAUAACAAGUUCAAACAGGUGCCAUUAAUACAGGUAACGAGUGGAGGACAGAGGAGCCUCUUAAAGAAGAAGUUACAGUCUGUGAGAGCCAGAAAUCUUGCUUGUUUGUAGGUGACCAAAUACUUAUUUUCCACCAUAAUUUGCAAAUAAAUUCAUAAAAAAUCCUACAAUGUGAUUUUCUGGAUUUUUUUUUCUUAUUUUGUCUGUCAUAUUUGACGUGUACCUAUGAUGAAAAUUACAGGCCUCUCUCAUCUUUUUAAGUGGGAGAACUUGCACAAUUGAUGGCUGACUAAAUACUUUUUUUCCCCACUGUAAAAGCUGGUUCCUUCCUUAGGAGAAGCCCCUGUUCCUGAUGGAGAACCCAGCGUAAUGGUAUCAAUCCCAGUCCUGUGCACCCAGGAGGGCCUGGGGUCUUUCCCUUUACGGCCAGAACCCCCAAUGGUCCCAACACACAACCCUGUUGCACACCAAGGCGGUAAAGUCCAAUCUGGGGCCUUGGGCUCAUUCUCUGAUCUCCUGGCAGGGGAUCUGGGCAGACUACGGCUGGACUUUGCUCAUCCAGGGACAGAAAGGAAGGAGGUCCUCAAAGCUGCCCCCCUCAGGCCUCUGGACCUACCUGGGGCUAAUGGAGAGGUGGCACCUUCCAGUGUCUCUGGGGACUUGAAGCAAGCAGGUCGAUUUUGGGGCGAUGAUACGACCCGACAAAUGUUCCGGGUAGGUUUCUCCCCUUGAAUUCAUUUAUUUCAAUGUUUUAUUAGACUUUAUUAACAUAACUUAUGUUUGUUCUCUCCCUCCCCCCAUCCCUAUGACUCCCUCCAAACCUCCCCCCCCCCCCCCACCUUAGAUGACCUCGGCGUGUGGCUCCUUCCUGGACAGUGAGUUCCUGAGCCAGACCGGGGGGAUGAUGCUGAUGUCAGAUGUGGCAGUGCAGUCUCAAGUGUGUGACUUCUGCAAUGCUGUGUUCCCUGGCUACACCACCACCAGGGGGGACUUCCUGCGCCACCUCCACACACACAUCACCUAA